AUUUUCCAACGCCUGGGCAUUUACUUCUACCUUGUGCUCCUUUGCUUGUGCCCAUCCAGUCACCCUGCAGCAUGGACCAGACCACUUAUGCUGCCUACCAGCAGCUGCCGAAGCAAAUGCAUCCAAUACAGCUUCAACCUUCAGAAGAGAAGAUGAUGCAACUUUACUACAACACAAUGAAUCUCUGGUACGGUCAAAAUCGAGAGUUCUUAAUGAAGGAUGUGUUAGCUCAAGUUCUGGGAGGUGUCAAAACGAUCAACGGAGAGGUCCCCCAGCAAAUUCUACAUGAGCUGUCCUCGUUGAAGGAGAAAACAGCUCAAUUGACGUCGAGAUUGGAUAACGGAGGCAGUUGUAUUGACAGAUUAUCCUUGCAAAUUCAAGAGCUAAGCGACAAGAUCACGACCAUUUCCAGCAUCGACGACAGCACUAAUAACAAGACAUCACCUCUGGAAUUCAGCCAUCCCGGGUUAGACGAGCUUGUGAGUCAUUUAAAAGGCUUGACAGACCAAAUCAAAUCACAGCUUUCUCUUGGUAUCCAGAAAGAUCAGUCUGAUGAUAAGGAACUAGCACAUCUUGUUGCCGACGCUGUCGCCAAAGAGUUAAAGAGGGAUACCAGUGUGAAGGAUAAAAUUAGAUGUUUCUGUGGAAGCAAUCAAGUUGACCCAAACCGACCAAACACUCGUCGCCAAAAGAGUCGACCUGUAUUGCUUAUCUUUUGUGAGAAUUGUCAGGCAUUACAUCAUGGACGUUGUGUUGAAUUAUCGGAUAAGGCAAGGGGGAAGUCACGAGCAUGA